AUGGCACCUCAAGCAUCUACCGGCACGACCAGCAACGGCAAUUAUUUGAAUCAAAGGCAGAUGAGGCAUGACAAAGACCUAAUAAUGGCUGGCGAAACCAAGGACGAUCGUGAAACUGGCAACGAUAGCGCCAUUACCAUUGGACAAAGCCAGAGUUCCCCAACACGUCAGCUCUUGCCAACACGUCCUCAACAUGAACGACCCGCUUCUCAUGGAGACCAACACGAUGUCUCGGCCUUACGAGCGGAAUUGGCAGCUGCAAAAUCAGAAAUUAGUUCCUUACGGGUGGAAUUGAGUCAACAGCAAUACGAAUUGGAAGAAGUUAAUCUCAUUAUCAAUUUGCAAGAUGAGUUGCGAGCUUGUAAGCAAGUCAUUCACCAGCAAAAAGAACAGGUGGAACAACUGAUGGUGGUGCAGCAGCAACAACAACAGCAACAGCAGCAGCAAGGAUCAGCAGAGAACGAUACAUCUACCUCGUGGUCUGGGUUUGAGUCUGAAACCCCUCCCAAUUCUUCUCAACACGAAGCCCAACUUGGAUUGGAGACAACUGUCGGCGGAACUCAAGAUUGGAAGGAAGAGUACAGGUCUCUCCAUGCCAGAUACUCUGAACUCCAAAAUAAUCGCGCUUGGAGUGAAUUCCAGCUUCGCGAUCGAAUCUGCAACGACAGUUUGAAAUAUCAUCGUCGUCUGAUUCACUGGAAGUCCAAGAACCAAAAGUUGGAGCAAGAAUUGGUGCAAACCAAGGCGGCUCACUCGACGGAAAUUCAACAAUUGCAAACCAAAUGGAAAUCGACGGCCUCUUCGGUCUUGCAACACACACUCCAGGAUUUAAAGAACACACAGGGGAAGGUUCGGCAAUUGGAAAAGGAAUUGACGCGCAUGAAAUUGGAGCAAAAUGAACCACAGAUUCAGAUUCAAGAUUCAUCAUCCAAAUUUUUGGCCAACGCGGCCAAGCAUUCCAACUUUUUGUAA